AUGGCCAGCCGCGAAAGCGCCUUCGUGCACGCGAUAGCUGCUGCAGGAGUUGCGGUGCAGGUGUCGAGAGCGUGCCGAGACGGCCGACUGGCCUCCUGCGGCUGCUCGAGGGCGCCCAGGCCCAGGGACCUCCAAAAGGAAUGGGUCUGGGGCGGAUGCGGCGACAACCUGGAAUACGGAGCCAAGUUUGCCCAGGAAUUUGUGGACAUCAGAGAACGCGAACGAAGGGCCAGAGUUAAAAAGGGCUCCAAAGCUCAAGGCAGAGCUUUAAUGAACUUGUAUAACAACGAGGCUGGUAGAAGGGCGGUGGUCGCAAAAUCCAAAGUCACCUGCAAAUGCCAUGGAGUUAGUGGCUCCUGCAGUCUCAUCACUUGCUGGCAACAACUUGCCAAUUUUAGAGACAUUGGUGAUUAUUUAAAAGACAAAUAUGAUGGUGCAACCAAAGUCCGAAUAAAUAAACGCGGAAAGCUCCAAAUCAGAGACACCAGCUACAAAAUGCCUUCUCCAGGAGAUCUGGUCUACAUUGAAGAUUCGCCGAAUUAUUGCGUUAAGAAUCAAAUCACUGGCAGUUUAGGAACACAUGGCAGAGUUUGCAACAGGACUUCGGACGGCCUGGACGGCUGCAAGUUGCUCUGCUGCGGCCGCGGCUACAACACCCGGAAGAUUUCUGUCCGGGAGCGAUGCGAAUGCAAAUUUCACUGGUGCUGUUUUGUCGAAUGCAAAACCUGCGUUCGAAACGUCGACGUACACACUUGCAAAUAA